AUGAAGGAGAACGCGUUGGAAGAAGACCGAGAAGAGCGGACGCUCGAGGACGUCUUCGACUUGCUCUCCGUCGGUUCGCACUUUCAGUGGACCAGUGAGAGUCACAGUGCGAAGAAAAACACUCGCUUUGACCAUCUCUUGUUUGGAUUCGUUUUCCUCUUGCAACGGUGUCGAUGGGACGUCGGCGUGAAGAUCAAGAAGAGUAAGCGAGGAAAAGAGGAGGAGAAAACGAUGACGAUGGGAGAAAAACUGAAACUCUGCGAAGAGGUGGAACGAGGGAUCGGUGAACUCGGGUGCCCUUUACCUCUGAGAGCGCACCAGAUUUGCGGGUUGGAUUCGGAGAAAGUGUUCCCGGUGGUGCAAUGGCUGACGAAACGAGCGAUGGUACUCGCGGGAGAAAAAGUAGUAGUUAAAGAAGACAAAGAGGGAGAAUGGGAACGCGGUGGUGGUGGUAGUCUAUUUGGCGAAACGCGUCGUCAAUCUGGGCGGAUUAGGCGGUCUCGAUUGCAGAGUUUGUUCUUACGCGAGAGCGUUACGAAGAACAACACGAGGACGUUUAGGAGAGCCGCGGAAUCGAACGCGAACAGAGAUUUAGAGCGAGAAGGGGAGGAGAAGAUUAGGAACGGGUGCCUCAUGGAGUUUGGUCAUCGCGUGAACGGGAAGAGUAGGUUGUACGACGCUCGAGGAGGAGGGUCGUCGAUGAUGGCGAGGGCCGCGGCGAAAAACAGAGGCGAGGAGAAGGACGGAGGUUCGACGACGAUGACAGCAGAGGAAGAAGAUGCGGUGUUAAGCGAGGAGGAACUUGCCCAACGCGAAGAGGCCAAGUUGAAACGUAUGCUUUCGGAAUAUUUGGUGAAGAACGAUGAAAACGAUGAAAACGCCAGCAACGUGUCCUCGAACUCGGUGGCCGAGUUGUUGGUGAAGAUGAAAGGAUGGGAGAUUGCGAAAGCGAUGAAUGCGUUCGGCGACGACUUUGAUACUUCAGAUGGUGGUAGUGGUGGUGGUGCGUCGACGUCUUUCGCCGGGUUAUCUGGUGCGGCUGGGAAAAUACUGCGCAUUGAACGCUCCACGCGCGCCGUCGCGAGACGGUUGGAGGCGGAAAAGCGCAAAUUGGACUCGAAGAGAGAAGAAAUGGACGAGGCGGAAUUGGAAACAAAACGAGCGAAGGACGCGUACGAAAACGCAAGGAAAGAGAACGAAACAGUAAUUGCAAAAAGAGUAGAACUCGAAAAGAGCGUCACGGACCCGGCGCAAAAGCAACUCGUGGACGCGUUGGCGAACAUGGCCAGACGCAGAGCCUCGCUGAAGAAAGAAGAGGCGUUGUUUCGUAAGACGUGCAAGAAGGAAUUGAAAGUUUUGAAAGCGAAGGUGACAUCCAUCGAAGAAGAGCGCGAACAGACCGGCGAACUCGCUAAAAUCGCGGAAACGUCCGCGCAAUACGCGAAAGAAAAGGAAAAACGCGACAAGCGCGUCAACGAACUCGCGAAACGGAGCAAAAAAAACGCCAUCUUAUCGAGACGGUUAGACGACGUCCCGCACUCUGCCGAGCUCGCGCAGUACGAAACGAGAUUCCGAGAGCUCAAAAACGCCGUCACGCGUAAACUUCGCGAAACGAAAAGACAAUUCGCGUUGUACAAUUCCCUGGCGAAACGAAGCGAACACGCGGCGAAGGAAAUCAGUCUCUUAACUUCCGUCAAAGAACAGCUCCACUUAUUGGACACGAAAAUCGGGAAGGAAAGCUUGCGAGACUCGUUGCGAGACAUCUCCUCCGCGGUUUCGAAAACUGCCGACAACACGGAGAGGAAAAAAAUGAACGAAAAACGCGCGGAAGAGUUGUUAGCGGAAGACCAACGCGAGCACAUCGAGAAGAGGAAAGAGUACUUAAAAUUGACGAAAGAGUUCAAAGAUUUAGGAGGGAAAAGAAGAAGAAGAGAACACAAACACAAACAGACAAAGAAGUGGUAG